AUGCCGCGUCAAACCAAACGGCCCCGUGAGGUCGUCGAUUUGACCGGUGGUGACGAGAACACCCGACCCGCCAAGUCACCGCGCCAUCCUUCUGCGUCAAACAGGUCGCAACCCGCUGCACCUCAGUUAGGUCAAUCGUCAUCCAGCGCGACCUCGGUACCGAAUGCAACCCAAAGGCAUCUUGAAAACGAUGAGCCUGAACCCUCAACGCAGGAUCUCACUCAAAGUGAUGAUGGCCCCCAACGAGAGUUGUAUGGCUCUUUUGACGGCAAAAUUGUGGGUGUGAGAUAUUACAAUGGCAUGGCUACCGCCGGCGAAGUGGUGAUCUGUAAAAGAGAGCCCUCGAAUCAGAUAUGGCAACUAUCCCCCCUUAUUAUAGGAGUGAGUGCUCACGGCCGUCAGGAUAACAAUGAUAUCACUAUUGAAGCUAUUCUCAUUGGCGAGAAGGGCUUCUACGAUUGCCCCAUUCGCAUGUACAUCUACGGAACCGGCGACGCCCUUGGCCGGGCUAGUCUGGAGGAGCGUCUGAAGAAAGACAAACUCGUCAAGGCCACACAGCUCAAGCAGACCCGAAAGGAUAACGACCAACAACGGAAAACCUUGGGUUUGAAGGCCAGCAGAAGUACUGCUGGGUUCGCGCCCGCUGAGAAAGAAGAGGUUUCUUUGGCGCAACUGGCUCAGACCAGCCAAACUGUCAACUUCCGUGCCGGUGGAGACAUUGCCCAGACGUUGGCCAUGGAUGAAGACCAACUCGCCGGAAUGCCUCAGGCCGAACAACCCGACAAAGUGUGCGCUAAGCUGCUGCCGUAUCAGCUUCAAGGCCUUGCUUGGCUCACAGCGAAGGAGAACCCCGUGUUUCCGGAACCUGGUUCUCCAAAUUCUGUCCAGCUCUGGAAGCGCGAUGCCAAAGGUCGAUACGUCAACAUUGCCACCAACUUUACCGUUGCGGCGCCCCCUGAUCUCCUAUCUGGUGGAAUCCUAGCCGACGACAUGGGCCUGGGCAAGACGCUUCAAGUCAUCAGUCUGAUCAUGACCGGUGGGCCGGGGAGCACGCUCAUCGUUGCGCCAGUUGGUGUGAUGAGCAACUGGGAACAACAAAUCAAGCGCCACGUCUCUGAAGAACACCUACCAGAAGUGCUCAUCUACCAUGGAGCCUCCCGGCAGACUGCCGCCAAGUCCUUGAACAAAUUUGGGGUUGUCAUCACAAGCUACGGUACCCUGACUAGCGACACAACGAUAGGCGGCCCUCUGUCCAAACUCGACUGGCGCCGGAUCGUUCUAGACGAGGGCCACACCAUCCGCAACGCCAAAACAAAAGCAGCUGAGGCUGCCUGCAAGUUGAAGGCGAAAUCAAGAUUGGUUCUUACGGGAACUCCAAUCGUCAAUAAUAUCAAGGAUCUUCACUCCCUUGUUAAGUUCCUCCAUAUUACAGGCGGCAUUGAACAGUCUGAUAUCUUCAACACCGUCAUUGCACGGCCUCUAGCACUCGGGGAAACCCGCGCCGAGGCCUUGUUGCAGUCCCUCAUGAAAGAUGUCUGUCUCCGUCGGCGGAAGGACAUGAAGUUUGUUGACCUUAAACUUCCGGCCAAGACCGAAUACAUUCACCGUAUUACCUUUUGGGCGGGCGAAAAGAAGAAAUACGAGGCUUUGCUAUGCAACCACUGGACCUUAUGUAAGGACCGCAUCACCGAUCUCAUGAAGCUCCUUGAAGAGGAGGGCACCGUCCUGCUCAAUGACGAGAACCGUGCGCUCCUGCAACAAGCGCUUCAGCUCAUAAUCGAGAGCCAAGAGGAAUGCCCUGUUUGCAUGGAACACCUGACGGACCCCGUCAUCACUCACUGCAAGCAUUCAUUCUGCCGUGCUUGUAUCUCCAGGGUCAUUGAGAUACAGCACAAGUGUCCCAUGUGCCGCGCCGAGCUGGCCGAGGACAAGCUGGUCGAACCGGCGCCUGAACACUCUGCCGAAGACGAAGAGGAGAGCCUUGACCCAGAGACAAAGAGCUCCAAGACCGAAGCACUGCUCAAGAUCCUCCAGGCUACUCUGAAAAACGAUGGAUCCAAGGUGAUCAUCUUCUCUCAAUGGACAUCCAUGAAAUACGUCCAAACGCGAUGCCGCUAUUCGCGCAUCUCGACCACGACCCCCGCUACCCGCAUUAUGCCCGCCAGUCUGAGCGUGUGCAGUGUCGGAUUGAACCUGGUCUCAGCCGACACGGUCGUUCUGGCUGACAGCUGGUGGGCCCCCGCCAUCGAGGACCAGGCUGUUGACCGUGUCCAUCGUUUGGGUCAAACCCGGCCCACAACGGUCUGGCGCCUGGUAAUGGAGGGCACCGUCGAGGAGCGAGUGCUUGACAUCCAAGGGGAAAAGAGAGAGCUUGUCAAUAAGGCUUUCCAGGAGAAGCAGACCAAGCAGAAGAAGACGAAGGAGACACGAAUGGCCGAUAUUCUGAAGUUGCUUGCCUGA